AUGCAGACGGCGGAGCGACUGGUGAGCCUCUCCAGGAGCCACGCGCACUACCUCCGCAUCCUGAAACAGCAUGCGCAAACAGUCCUUCGCGAGGUCAAGCAGGCCGUGCACGAAGGAGCCGAUCUGUCCGACGUCCGUGUCCUCGUCGAGAUGGCCACCAACGCGGAGCGCUUCGCCGACGCCUGCAGCGCGAGGAUCGGCUUUCUCGGCGACUCGCUGGAUAGCCAACUCAAGGUGUACCUGACCAUGAUCCAGAUUCACAGCAUGGGCUAUGUGAGGGAAAACCUCAUUUCGGUGCGCCGGAUCGCCGAGAGCAACGACGCACAGGCCGACGAGCUGCGCAAAUACGCCAAGGAGUCGCGGGAAGACGCGCGCGACAUGAAGCGGCUAGCCUUCCUCACCAUGUCAUACCUACCGAGUACAGUGGUGGCCACAUUCUUCAGCACGCCAUUCCUGGACCUCGACGACAACCUCGAGUUCAAGGGGCUUAGCAAGCUCUGGAUCGUGAUGGUCAUCAGCGUCGCGUUGACAGCCCUCACCUUCGUGGUCUCCGCGUUGUGGGACUUGCUGUCGAGAAUGAGAGAGCGUGCGAACGAAAACUCGAAAGAGGCCGCUGGCGGCGAGACCGCGCGCCAUAACGUGGACCGAAGCGUCCUGGAGCCCGCCGCCUGGGUGGAUCCCCAGCUGAUACGGCUGCAGGAACUGCUCGCGAAGGCGGCCGAAAGAGAGGGUUCUGACGGGGGUGAACAUGCAACCGAGAGCCAGGAAGGGUCUGCUCCAGGAGCGCCGGUGGACGGCCCCGCCCAGCCGAACACAGACACAGCACAGUCAAACGCUGCCCCGAGCUCUCCCGCAUCUGGGCGACCUAGCGAUCAGGUCGGGAACGAAAGUCUCGGCGGCGGCGGUACGGCAGCUCCUGCGUGA